AUGUGCGAUCGCAAUGAAGGCAAGUUAGGCGGGAGUCUCCAAUGCUGGUGGAAGGGCGGUGAUGGUGGAGGUAGCAGGUGGCGCGUCAGCAGGGAUGCUGGGAGUGAGAGAAGUGGUGUUGGUGGUGGUCCUCGCUGUGAUCGGUGCGAGGGUUGCGACAGGGAGGAUGGUGUCGGUGAUCAGGAACUUAAACUGGAGGUAGGUGAGACCAUCGAUUCCAUCCAACUCAACUCUGGUUGGUUGAUCGAUCGCAUUUGCUUUAUCACUAGUCGCAGACGUCGCGUCACCUACGGAAGCAGCAGUGGAGGCGGUCUGCGCCAGGUGACACGAAUUGCCUGUUGCCAGCGCUACGAUGACCCUUCGUACAGCAGCUAUGAUCAGGGCGAAUUGCAGCGCCCGACUCUGGCAUUGCAUGGUUUCGCUUACAGUCUUGUCAGCACUCUGGGCAAGAUUGCCUGGAUCGAUGUACAGUUUAUGUUUUCCGGACUGAACGAUGAGGCUGCUCAACUGAUUACCCACCCUACCAAAGUUAAGCUAACCAUUUGA